CCAACUUCACUAACAAUAAAGCAGCUUGACAUUCCCAACCUACCUAUGUACCAAACCUCACCCCGAACCUCCAGUCCCAAGUCCUCAAGCGAUACAAUACCCAGCCUUACUCCGAGCCUAUGAGUCUAUAUAUAGAUCUCCAAUUUGAUUCUCGUUCACAGUUCCCACACCCAAGGCCCAGAUACCUGCGUGAUCAGCUAUUUUUCUUCUCUCUCUACAAAGUUGUGCUUCCGUUUUUACUAGAAUUCGCUACUUCAAUUUGGUUUUUCUUGGGGUAAGAUUUUAGAUGUUUGUUUAAUUGGUAAAAAAAAAAUUAAUUGAGAAGCGCCGCCGCAUCGUUAUAAAUGUGUUGAAUUGUCGGAUUACAUUCAGAGUUACGACUGCUGUGACGAAUUUGAUGAUUAUUUUUCAUUUUAUGGUGCUUUUCACAUAAGAACUUGCGCCAUUAACAAGUGAAUUGUGAGAAAAAAAAGGUUUUCGCGCGAGGAUUGUCAUCGUGGAGUGUGAUCUCUGCCAUUGUUGGUGAGUAACUGUAAGAUUUCUCGUUUUUGAUUAAAAAAUUUCUCGAGAAUUCUUCUUGGGUACAGUGUGAGACAAGUGUCUGACGGAGAAGAAAUUCUGCGGAAUCCAUUCUUGGAGAAACAAUCAUGGCGGAUAUGAUGUAAAAUUUGAUCUCAACUACUGAUCCGAUGGAUGGGAUCUAACGUAAUAUUGGCUAUGAAAUUCUGUUAUUUAUGCUCUGGACGAUGGUCGGAAAAACCGAGCUAAGAUGCCCCCGGAGGAUUCCUUCUUGAAUGGUGGUUUAUUUUUUGGGACAUUACAAGGACAAAUGAGAAGCAUUCUGAACCAGCUGCAGCUUAUAUACAGGUAUUUAAAAAAUAUGCAGUUGAUUUUUGUUCUCUUAUUUCAGGUUUUUUAUUGUCUUGUGCCGUAAUUGUAUAUAUGGAAAACAUCAUUUCAUUUGGCAUUUCCAUCUAUACUUCGACUCAACUGUAUAAAAAGAGGGAGCAACAACAACAACAGCAGCUUCUGAUGCAGCAGUUGCAACAAAUGCAGCAGCAUCCUCCACUAGGUGAUCCCAUGAACUCUGAAGGAAUGAUGAAAAUGGUUGAGAAUCAAAGAGUUAGUGAACUUCCACUGGAGGGUUUCACUUUCAAUUCUUUGUUGCCCCUGACAGGGAUCGACCAAAUAGGGACGAUUUCGGGUUUACAGAAUCCCAACUUGCUGACCCAAAACCAGUUUCUUUUAGCUUCACAACAGCAGCAGGCUGUGAAUUUGAAAUACCAUCUUUUAACUUCAAUGCAAAAGAUGGUCAGCCUUUCAGAAAUAAUGGAUCUCCGGUGCAAUCAAAUUCACAAAAGAGUUCCUCUCAACAACCGGAUCAGUUGCAACAGACUCAUGCUGACCAUAAAACAGAGACUUCUAAAGAUUUUUUUCAUUUUGAGAAGUUGGUCGCAUACGAGAAAAAAACAAAGUUACUUGUUGCCAUUUUUCAUCAAAUGGGAAGUUGUUAGCUAGUGCCGGGCUUGACAAAAAGUGGAAGAACAUCAAGACUCAAUUACGGAUGUUCGCUUCCAGCCAAAUUCUACUCAGAUUGCGACAGCUUCAUUCGACAAAUCCGUGAGAAU